GCUAUACCUCAGAAAAUACUUCCUUCUACGCGUCAUUACGAGCAAAAUCCACUCCGCAGGAUCAAGGAUUUACAGUCCCCCUAAUAAUGUCCUUGACAAAAACAUUGAGUGGAGGGGAAGUGAAAUCAGACUAUCAAAAUGCUAGUCCUCAAUUAUGCACUGUGCUAGACAAGUUUGCAGAGAGAUAUCAUUCAGCGAAAUCGAAAUCUAUUCCUCGGCUUACUUCCUAUCUCUAUGACCUCAAUCACAAUUUAGACCCAACAGCCUGUGUUAAAAAUGGCAUUAUUGCUAAAUUGCGCAAUUAUGAUCAGCACAAUGCGGAAUCACGAGGAAGGAAAAAUCUGAAAGGAAGGCAACAGGCGCAAUUACAGAUGCAGAACAUAUCCAUCACAAUGAUCCUCUAUCCCUUGGUUAUUGUCUUGGUAUUGUUGCCGCGCCUUGCAUUAUCCCUUGCAAGACAUAGAUACUCUUACGUAUUCGACUCCAGUGUACCAGAGAGUUCUAUACAAGGCGAUGUACUGAAGAAUAUUGGUACCAAAACUGUAAGAAUUUCGAAUUUUACUGGAAUUAAAGAAUGGAAGUUAGCCGUCCGUCUUGGAGAAUUCGCUGAGAAAAUACUUCAAGAAGAACUACCACCCUGGAAACCAGAAUGGAAGGUUCGCUUUCAGAUGCUGUCUCCUGAUGCUGAAGAACUUCCGCCAUUCUUGACUCGAGCGUUUCCCGGCUUUCAUGUCGGAUUGGAUUUAUGGAAUGCAUCGAGCACGCCCAGGCUUGAUAUUGAUGACGAGGCUUUUGUUGUGGCGUGUCAUUAUCUUUACAAGAUAUUUCCUAUUUUCCUGUGCCCGGAUCAUGAAAGCGAACAUCGUCCGCAUGCCCGGAUAGAUUUGAAGCAAUCUAUUAUAUUGCCUGAAUCAAGAACGUAUCUGCAUCAAUUUUAUGCAAAUAGAAGACGCAUCAUCGUGUCAGAUUCAAAAUUCGGAAAUUAUACAUUACUAAAGAACGGCUGGAAACAACCUAUAGCUAUAGACUUGAACAUUUUAUUUGACCCAAAGAACAACAUGGAUAUGGUGGAAUUGAGAAUGUUAUGGAAGCUAAAAGAACAAACCGAAGAAAUCAUGCUUCGCAAUCAAUCAGAGGAAAGAGUGGAAGUCGGUGUAUUUGAAUACCUUCACGAUGCCGAUUCUUAUGGAGGAGUGAGAUCGAUCAUUGGGGAGAAUAAAAUUCUUCCGACUCUGAUCACACUACCAGCUGUCUAUUUGAGCAAAGAGUCUCACUUCUUCAACUCUACCAUUACCACUCCGCACGGGUUUCAUCCGUCGUUUCUUACGGAAAUAACAAUACCCACAGGGUCAUUUUGUGAAUAUCAUAUAGUGCACAACCUUCCCGAUAGCUUCUUUGUUGACCCAUAUCAGAUUGAAGAACUCUUUCCCGACGAUGACAUAGAAAUCUUGGGAGAUACUGAUCUAGAGAAACCAGUAAAUAAUCCUACUAGUCUUUAUGCUGAAGGUUGGAUGGGUACUGGUAGUGUAGUCAAAAUCAGAGCAAGAGGCGGUACCAAUACGAGCACUGUAAAAUUUUCUUUGCCAAUUCAUCUACGUUAUCACCAUGCGACGGAAUACUACAAACAUAUGGGAUAUGUGACAGUGAAUGCAUUCUGGCCGUACGUCAUCGAGAAUUGUAGUGAAAAACAGGUCCAUGAAGACGUAUUGUUUGCACCAGUCCCACUGCCACUAUCAUUGAUACUUUCUGAAGAACGUGGGAGAAUCAGAUAUGUAAUGCCAAACUAUGAUCGACUCGGUCCUGAUUCCCACGCAGCGUAUUCUUAUCCUGCAGAAUCGAUAAGUGUUCCCAUCGGUGAAUCUGACAUGUCACAGACAAUUCUGUUUUGGACUAUGAUUGCAGUCAUAUGUGGCAGCUUCUGGCUUAGCACGACUGUCAUUCGAUUAAUUAUCAGAAUGCAGACCGAUAAAGUCGAAAAUAAAAUGGACUGA